GAACAAACUGAACACCUCAUCAGGGCGCAGGCCCCUAUCUCCCCUCGAUCAAAAAUCCUUCCGCCUUCUCGCUUCCCCUUGAUUGCCUCCUGUGGCUCUCUGCAGGUACCUCCUCAGCGCUCAGGAGAGGACUGGCACCUUCACUCGCAAGCCGAUUGGGCUGAAGAUGUCUGCACCAUUGAUGCAUCCAGAAGAACGCGAUAGUCCCAGCACGGAUUUGGAGAAGGUUGCACCAAGGGAGGACGAGGCAGCCCACGCCGUCGACGCACUGGUAGCAGAAUUCGACGACCCUAACAUAGACCGUGACCAGGCGGUGGUGGGCGUUCUAGAGGAUGACUCGCCAUACCCCGAGGUGCGCUCCGCCGUCGCAAACACGGAUGACCCCGAGAUGGCCUGCUCUACCCUACGUGCUUGGGUGAUGGGGAUAGUCUGGGCUGUCAUCAUAUCGGGGCUGAAUCAGUUCUUUCACUUUCGCUAUCCGUCGGUCAGCAUAUCCAGCCUAGCGGCCCAGCUGCUCUCCUUUCCGGUCGGGCGCCUGUGGGCUAGGUUCAUGCCAAACGUGCAUAUAUUCGGCCAUCCACUUAACCCUGGUCCGUUCGCGAUCAAGGAGCACGUUCUGAUAACAAUCAUGGCGACAGUCGGUGGACCCUCCGCUUAUGCUACCGAUAUUCCAGCCGUGCAGCGCUUCUACUACAAUCAAAACUAUAACUUCGGUUACCAAUGGAUGAUGGUGAUGUCAACUCAACUAAUCGGAUUUUCCUUUGGGGGAAUCCUGCGGCGUUUCCUGGUCUCUCCGCCCUCUAUGAUCUGGCCCGUCAACCUGGUGACAUGCGCGCUCUUCAACACCCUUCACUCCCAAACCUACGCGGGCAUUGGUGAACGUGGAGGACUUUCGCGCGGGCGUUUCUUCUUCUACGCCUGGCUGGGCAGCCUAUGCUGGUACUUCUUCCCUGGAUACCUCUUUCAGGCGCUCUCCUACUUCACGUGGGUGUGCUGGAUUGCGCCGGACAAUAUCGUCGUCAAUCAGCUGUUCGGAUACAAAAGCGGCCUAGGCAUGAGCUUGAUCACUUUUGACUGGUCGCAGAUCACCUAUAUUGGGAGUCCGCUCGCUGCGCCGUGGUGGGCAGAGGCGAAUAUAUUUGCUGGUUUCGUGUUCUUUUUCUGGAUCCUGACGCCUGCUUUGUACUAUACUAAUACGUGGUACAGCAAGUACAUGCCUAUUUCAUCUCGCACGUCUUACGAUAACACCGGCAAGGAGUACAACAUUACCCGGAUACUGACGUCUCACGCAACUUUGAACCUCACCGCUUACCAGGAGUACAGUCCGCUAUUCCUCUCGUCGACAUUUGCUCUCUCGUACGGACUGCUGUUUGCCUCGAUGACGGCAACGGUCACCCAUGCCAUCUUGUUCUUCCGCAAACAAAUCUGGAGUCAAGCGCGGCGCUCACUAGAUCAGCAGCCCGACAUUCACGCUCGUCUCAUGGCGCGAUACAAACCUGUCCCCGAGUGGUGGUAUGGGGCUAUCUUCAUGGCAAUGUUCGUUAUGGGCGUCCUCACCAUCGAACUUUGGCCAACCGAGAUGCCAGUAUGGGCAUUCCUUCUUUCGCUCUUGAUCUCCUUUGUAUACGUUGUCCCCGUUGGGAUGAUCCAGGCUAUCACCAAUCAACAAAUUGGCCUGAAUGUUAUCACCGAGUUCAUAGGUGGAUACGCCAUCCCCGGCCGCCCCAUCGCCGUGAUGCUCUUCAAGACCUGGGGAUAUAUUACCAUGUUCCAAGCACUCGCGUUCACGGCUGACUUUAAGCUAGGACACUACAUGAAGAUCCCGCCGCGCUCCAUGUUCUGGGGCCAGAUCGUCGCGACCGCGGUUGCGGCGACGACGCAGCUCGGCGUGCAGGUGUGGGUGUUCAACAACAUCCCAGACGUGUGCACGCCGAAGCAGGCGAACGGGUUCAUAUGCCCCGGCAUCGAGGUGUUCGGCACUGCGUCGUUCAUUUGGGGCGUGAUCGGUCCGCAGAGGCAAUUCGCGGCGGGGCAGUUGUAUCAUGCGUUAACGUAUUUCUUUAUUCUGGGUGCGGGGCUGCCGGUCGUGGCGUGGUUGAUUUCGCGGAGGUGGCCGAAUAGCUUCAUUCGCUACGUGAACUUUCCUCUCAUCUUCGCCGGUGUCGGAUAUAUUCCGCCAGCCAGCGCGCUCAACUACGUUCCAUGGGCGAUUGUCGGAUUUAUCUUCCAAUUCGUCAUCCGACGAUGUUACUUCUCGUGGUGGACUAAGUACAACUAUGUCCUCUCAGCCGCACUCGACUCUGGGGUUGCGAUCUCAAUUAUCUUUAUUUUCUUUUGUCUGCAGUACCCCGCCAACGGAGCCAUCGGAAAUCAUAACGUCGCGAAGUGGUGGGGGAACAAAGUGUUCCUCAACACUGCGGAUGGGAAGAAUAAGCCGUUUCUGCCGUUGCCUGAAUCGGGGAGCUUUGGACCAGCGAGUUGGUAGAUUUGUAGAUCAAAAUUGCAGGGUUUCCCUCCAUCAUAGCUGUUUGUAUCCGGUAUUAAUCUGGAAUGGAGAAGCAGUUCCACUUCAUAGUCAACCGUAGGUAUAUGCGGAACGAGAGCGGGUGUAUCUGGUAGACUUGUACAUUCCGUUCAGCCCGAGUGUAAUCGGACAGGUUUAUGUU